UCGGGAGGAGUGGAAGGAGUUCGGAGGGGUUGGGUUGGGGGCAGAGGUGGGGACAGACGGAGAGUGCGUCGCGCGAAGCAUUGAUCGACAAAAUGGCGGAAAAUGACUGAAGAAGUGUUGGAAUCGCGCGAAUGGCCGCCAUUGCAGACGAUUGGACGUCGCGGACAGUCUGUCGACGAAAGUCUUAGUUUAUUAACGGACGGACCUAUUAAUCACGUGACAGACUUUUCAAUGGUUUCGGCGGGAGUUUCAACCGAAGCUCUGGACGACCAGUUGGACGAAGAAGAGACAUUAAGUGCAAGAUUUUCUCGUCUUUUAUCCACAGAAGACAUGUCUGACGUCCAUUUUGUGGUCGGAUUCAAUCGCAAACUCAGGAUUCCCGCGCAUAAACUGGUUCUGUCCGUCGCGUCUCCCGUUUUCAAGAACCAGUUCUUCGGUAUUCGCGAUGCCGACGAAGAGGACGAAGACAUUGUGCUCUCGGACGUGGAAGCGCCGGCUUUUCUCGAGUUUCUUCGGUUCUGUUAUUCAGACAAAAGUCAAUUAACGAAAGACAAUGUUGUGGGCGUUCUCUUCACUGCUCUCAAGUUCGAAGCCACGCCUCUUGAGCGUCGGUGCGAACGAUAUCUGAGAACUCGUUUGGACAGUCAUUCGGCGUUUUCCGUUUGGAUUUCGGCCAAAAAGUGUCGUUUUCAAGACAUCGAAGCCAUGGCUCUGAAAGCAGUCGAACGUUGGGCUCGAGUUGUCUGUCUUUCCACCGAUUUUUGUCUUUUAUCCGAUUCUUCGAUCGUAAAAGAGAUUCUUCUCAACAAUAAUCUCCGGAUCUCUGAAUCGGAUCUCUUUGUAUCGGUUUGUCGUUGGGCUAAAAGUCAAUGUCUUCGGCAAAACUCAUGUCCAACUCGAGUCAAUUUGAAACAAGUUUUCGGAGAUUUAUUGUCUUUAAUUCGUUUUCCUUUAAUGACUGCCGAAGACAUCAAAAGUCAAGUUCAAACCGAAGGACUUCUCGAAGAAGAUCAGAUUCGUUCGCUUUUGUCUGCGCGAAGAACUUGGCCUCGAGUGGCCAGAAGUUUGCCGUUUUCGUCGGAACCGCGACUUUUUCAACGACUAAUCGGAGGACAACUGCUUUCAGUCCAGAGAUUCGGUUCUUUUGACAAUCAAUUACCGAAUUCUUCGCCAAAAACGCGAUUAUCUUUUCGAACAAACAAAACGAUAUUUGUUUCUGCGAUCGGAGUCUACGGUCCGCGAAAACCUUCCAAUUCUUCACUUGAGAUCAGAAUUCGAAUCGAAAGAACCGAACGCUUCCGCUGUCGAUCUCUUGAUUCUUACGAAACUCAAACUCGAGUCAAAAGUGAUUCUUCAGAACCCGUGAUUACCGUUCGUUUCGAUGAAGAGUUUGAAGUCGAGGCCGAAGUCGAGCAUCAGAUUUGCGCCGAAAUAACUCUUUGCGAACGCAUUGGAUCUCGUCUUUCGGCAUUAUCUGCACCACUGAUGUCUCGUUCUCAAGAUGUCCAUUUCUUUUACGGAACUGACGCCGCAUUCGCUCAAAAAGUCAAACCUAAAAGCGGACAAACAGUUGUCUUUAAUUUCCGCGACGAUUGCGGUCUUGUGUCGACAGAAGGCGCCACUUCUGCUCCGCCAACACCUCAUCCGCCGCCGCGUCCGCCGCCACCCGAAGGAUAUGUGAGACGUGUUUCGCGAUUCGAUCGGUUGAAACGCGCGCUUUCUUUCACAGAGAAGAAGACAUUGACUGAAGAGGAGAUAAUUUUGGGUCAAAUUCCUGUUAUUCUCUUUUAUCUGUAAUUCUAUGCAAAAAAUGCAAUAAAAGACCGACAGAUGUCGUCACAUGUGUUGUGAA